CCCCCAGCCGCCACAGACACCUUGCGCGGGGGCGCGAGGCGCUGCUGGGCUCCGGGGUGGGGGAGCGGCCGCUUCUGCUGGGGCGCCAUGUUGGCCCCGGGGGGCAGCCUCCGCCGUCGCCUCUCUCGGGUCGGGCAGGGGCGGCGGAGGCAAUUCAGCCGAGCUCCGAGAGAGUGCUGCUUAUUGCUGUAAUGCAUGCUUCUUCUCGUAUGCUCUUUCCUGUCCCUCACCAUUAUCUUUUUUUCCUGAAAAACUCAAAUCAGAUUAUGUGAUGACAGAGACUUGCUUCUUUUUCUCAUCUUUUAGUACUGCAGGAAGCACAUUUAGCACUGGCCAUGGAAUUCCCAUCAGAAGACAUUUUUUUGAUGACAACUUCUCCAGUUAUAAAAGCUGUAACGAAUUUCAAACAGGUCUCCAAAACACUUGAGGAAUUUGAUGUAGAAGAGCAACCAAGUUCUCUGUUAGAAAAACGAUAUCCCAAUAUUAAAGUUAUACAAUCUGGAGUAAAACAAUUAAAAAGCGGUGAACAUAAAAUUUUCACUGAAGAUGGGAAAGAAUAUAUGUAUGAAAAACUUUGCCUGUGUGCUGGAGCAAAACCAAAAUUAAUUUUUGAAGGAAACCCAUAUGUAUUAGGAAUCCGGGAUACUGACAGUGCACAGGCUUUUCAGAAGAAUUUGGCUCGAGCUGAGAGAAUAGUAGUGGUAGGAAAUGGUGGGAUUGCACUUGAAUUAGUGUAUGAAAUUCAAGGCUGUGAAGUAAUCUGGGCUAUCAAAGACAAAGCCAUUGGGAACACUUUUUUUGAUGCAGGAGCAGCUGAAUUUCUCAUUCCAAAGCUAAGUGCUGAAAAACAAGAGACUCCAAUUGAAUGUAAAAGAACCAAGUAUACAACGGAAGAAAGUGAGGAAAAAGAGAGACCUGUGGCAACAUCUGACAAACUGGGCAGUGCCUUAGGCCCCGAUUGGCAUGAGGGCUUACAUCUUAAAGGGACUAAAGAGUUUUCUCAUAAAGUACAUAUUGAAAUACUAUGUGAAGUAAAGAAAAUAUAUUUACAGCAAGAAUUUAUACAACUGCAACGGACUUCUUUGACUUUUCCUAAGGAAGAGAAAAAUGUAGAACCAGAUGAGGUGCUGUGGCCUGUAUAUGUGGAAUUAACUAAUGGAAAAAUUUACGGAUGUGAUUUCAUUGUCAGUGCAACUGGAGUUGUGCCAAAUGUUAAACCGUUUCUUGAUGGCAAUAAUUUUGCUGUAGGUGAAGAUGGAGGUCUUAAAGUAGAUAAACACAUGCGCACAUCCCUGCCAGAUAUAUAUGCAGCUGGAGAUAUCUGCACAGCAGCGUGGGAACCUAGUCCAGUGUGGCAUCAGAUGAGACUGUGGACUCAAGCUAGGCAGAUGGGAUGGUAUGCAGGAAAAUGCAUGGUAGCAGAUACUUUAGGGGAGUCUGUUGAGAUGGAUUUCAGCUUUGAACUAUUUGCUCAUGUUACAAAAUUUUUCAAUUACAAGGUGGUGGUUUUGGGAAAAUACAAUGCUCAAGGCUUGGGUUUAGACCAUGAACUGAUGCUGAGGUGUACCAAGGGACAGGAGUAUGUUAAAGUAGUGAUGCAGAAUGGCCGAAUGAUGGGAGCUGUGCUGAUUGGUGAAACGGACUUGGAAGAAACCUUUGAAAACUUAAUUUUAAAUCAAAUGGAUCUUUCAGCCUAUGGUGAAGAUCUCCUGAAUCCAGAUAUUGAUAUAGAAGAUUAUUUUGAUUGAAGAACCCCUUUCCCUUUUCUAUAAAGUUUUGACACUGAGUAAUAUGUCUUGUAAGACUGUUUCCUCAGAAUUACCAGAAAUCAGGGAUAAGUGCAAUUCCUUAUUAAGAUUUUUGUAUUGAUCUUGUCAAAAUACUGACUAGCAAAUUAGAUUAGUCUGUGUAGAAAUGCAGCAACAGAAGCAAGUGGAUUAGUGUUGCCAGAGUUUUCGUCUAGAUUAGAUGAGCGUAUGAGAACAGUGCUAUGACAGUCUUAGCAGAGUGACGAAUACUUUCUGCUAAAAUAGUCCUGCAUUCACUUGAAUGUGAGGUAGCCUUCACUUUUAGAAGUAAAUAAAACAUGUUAAAUCUUUUCCUCCCCAAACCAUGCAUCAUUCACCUGCUGUGUUUCCUCAUCUCAACCAGUAAGCCACCUGUGGUUUGAUGGUGCUACCUCUGGACUUGGGCAGUGUGAGUAGUGGCCAGGGUAGGAAAGCCCCUGCUUCCUAAACCCAUUGCUCAUGUGAAGGCUUACAAGGCAGUCACGUGGUGUGUUACCAUCCCUCUGCUGCUCAGACCUGUGAGAGGUCUGAAGUCCUCUAUGCCAGCUAACAGUACCAUCUCUCCUGAGCUGGCUCAAAGUAACAGAGGAUGUCUUUAGGGCACAGGGUGGGUGGAGCUCUUGCUACUUGGAACUUGGUCUACAAAUACAGGGCAAGGUGAGUGCUUUAUCUUCCCCCCCCCCUUUCUUUUAUAUAUUUAUUUGUGAAAUAAAUAUUUUCUACUCAGCUAAGUACAGAACACAAAAACUGAACAAUGAAAGCCAGGAUGGUGUGUUUUUGCGAUGUCAUUUGAGAGCAACUUCUUUACUGCAUGUCACUUCAGCUCUUCUGGUAUUGUGGAAGAUGCUGGUGCAUCCUCUGAUCUGCAGCAAUCUUCCUUAAUGUCCUCCUUAGUUCCUUAAUAGAGCCAUCCAUGGACAUGUGUUGCUUCAUGCCAGCUUUUGGGUUGGUUCUACAACUGCUGCUUGGGAGCUGCUGUUUAUGUAGUGUCAAACUGGGACCAGGUUGCUGUAUUCCACUAAAUACAAAGUUGGCUGUACACACUGGGGCUUCUCCAGUUUAAGAGAAUGACUGUUUUAAUUAAAUGAAUUAAUUCUGCUUUUGGCAAAGGUUUCAGUUAAAUGAUGGACAGGAUUCUACUAGAAGAAUAAAGUGUGUUCUUAAUCAUGUGUGGUUCAUAUUAUCAUCUGAAUAAAGCCUACCAGAAAUUACAUGUAUAAUC